AUGUGCCGCGUCGGAAUAAAUGGCGGGGGGGGCUGCCGCGCGCUCCUGGUUGCGCCCCCGCCCCCCCCCCCCCCGCCGCGGCGCCCGGCCCGCUCCGCUCCAUCCGCUACGUGCGGCUCGCCCAGCGCCCUCGCCCGCCUGACUCAUCGCCGCGCUGGGUCACAUGCUGCCGCCCGGGCCCAAUCGGGGGCGGCCCCAGCCCCGCGCGCCGGCGCCCAGUCCCAGCACUUGCGAGCCGCGCUCCGAGGACGCCGCAGCUCCCCUCCGGGUCGCGCAGCCUUCGCCCGCCUGCCCGCCCGCCCGCCGCCCUCGGCAGAACAACAAACCGCCACUAUGUCCAUGGAGAAGGUCCACGCUCGUGAGAUCCUGGACUCCCGCGGGAACCCCACCGUGGAGGUGGAUCUGUACACAGCAAAAGGAAUGUUCCGGGCAGCUGUUCCCAGCGGUGCGUCCACUGGCAUCUAUGAAGCUCUGGAGCUGCGUGACAACGAUAAAUCCCGAUUCCUUGGGAAAGGGGUCCUACAGGCGGUGGACCAUAUCAACGGCACCAUCGCCCCUGCUCUCCUGAGCUCUGGCCUCUCCGUUGUAGAGCAAGAGAAGAUAGACAGCCUCAUGCUGGAAUUGGAUGGAACAGAGAACAAAUCCAACUUUGGAGCCAAUGCCAUCUUGGGUGUUUCACUGGCUGUGUGCAAAGCAGCUGCUGCAGAGAAGGAUGUCCCUCUCUAUCGACACAUUGCAGAUCUGGCUGGAAAUUCGGACCUCAUUCUGCCUGUCCCCGCAUUCAACGUGAUCAAUGGGGGCUCUCAUGCCGGGAACAAGCUGGCCAUGCAGGAGUUUAUGAUCUUGCCUGUCGGAGCAGAGAGCUUCCGGGAUGCCAUGCGCAUUGGUGCGGAGGUCUAUCACAACCUCAAGAGCGUGAUCAAAGACAAGUAUGGCAAAGAUGCCACCAACGUAGGAGAUGAAGGAGGCUUUGCCCCUAACAUCCUGGAGAACAGCGAAGCUUUGGAACUUCUCAAGGAAGCCAUAGAAAAAGCCGGCUACACGGACAAGAUUGUGAUCGGCAUGGAUGUAGCAGCAUCUGAAUUCUAUAGAGAUGGCAAAUAUGACUUGGACUUUAAAUCCCCCGAUGAUCCCAGCCGCUACAUCUCUGCGGAUGAACUGGGUGACCUCUACCAGAGCUUUGUACGGGACUACCCCGUGGUAUCAAUUGAGGAUCCCUUUGACCAGGAUGACUGGGAGGCCUGGUCCAAGUUCACGGCCAAUGUUGGGAUUCAGAUUGUGGGGGACGACCUGACAGUGACCAACCCCAAGCGCAUUGAGCGAGCUGUGGAGGAGAAGGCUUGCAAUUGCCUCCUGCUGAAGGUCAACCAGAUUGGAUCAGUCACCGAAGCCAUCCAGGCCUGCAAACUGGCCCAGGAGAAUGGCUGGGGAGUGAUGGUGAGCCACCGAUCAGGAGAGACUGAAGACACCUUCAUUGCUGACCUGGUGGUGGGACUUUGUACUGGACAGAUAAAGACUGGAGCUCCGUGCAGGUCUGAGCGCCUGGCAAAAUAUAACCAGCUAAUGAGGAUCGAGGAGGAGCUGGGCGAUGAAGCUCGUUUUGCCGGGCACAACUUCCGUAACCCGAGCGUCUUAUAAAGAUGCCCUCAGCCCGCUCUGGCUCGCCCGCUAAUCCCCAGUGCACAGACUCUGAGCGCCCUUAGGCCGCACCCUCCCUCUUCCCUGCUCCUCUCCCCCCCCCCCCGUUCCUUCUCUACCAGCCGGUCUCUUCUGGGCCCCUGUGAGUUGAGGCCCCCCCCAUCAGAAUUCCCCUGAGGAAUGUCAAGAAUGCGGCUUCCCCCCACCCUCACGGUGCAGUUCUGCAAGUCGGCUUCUGCGUGUGUUGUGGUCUGCCCUGUGGGCCUGCUUUAGUCAUUGUUACAUCCAUGUGUAAAGUGAGCAUUUCCACCACGCGGCAAGGGCACACAUGUUUGAAGGCUACCCUUAGCUUGGAGCGCAGGUUGAGUGUGCUUGUGGAUACAAGAGUGUGUGUUUCUGUGUUGUCACCCUUUGGGAAUGUCUGGCUCAGUAGAGUGUUCUUCGAUAGGAGUUUGUGUUGAAAUCUGUGUGCUGAGCAUUGUCAGUAGUUGGCUGGUGUGUGUCUUGCCCACCCCGGUACUUUGUUUUUGUUUUGAGUUUGUGUAUUUGCAGCACCGUUGCUUGAAGAUGUGGUUGUGACUGAUCUGAGAGCUGAUGUGGGUUGGUGGCUUUUUAAACUGGAAUGCAAAACGGCCCAUUGCUGUGUGACGCUGGGUCAUUGUGCCACGCUUUGUGGGGUGUUGUGGGUCACUGCAUUGUGGGCAUGUUUUCGCGGUCAGCACCCAGCUCAGACGGCUCUCCUUCCUGUCGCCCUCUGGAUGUUCGCUCACGCUGCUCUUUCUCUUCUUCAUCAUUCCAAUACCUGUCUUGCCCUCCUAUCUUGUCUGCUUUGAUCUCGUGAUAUUUCACCCACAACUGAGCAACAGUAGCAAGAAAUGGGAAAAAAGAAAGGAAAAAUCACACCAGAGAAACCCCCACAGCAGAGAAACCCUCCACUUGAUUAA